AUGCUAUUUUGCCCUAGCUGCGCUAAUUGUUUAUUAGUAGACCAAAGAGAGCAAGGGACACAAUUUUUUUGUAAAACCUGCCCAUAUGUGUUUAGCGUGAACCAAAAAAGAAGCAAAAGAGUCAUGCUGGAAAGGAAACAAGUUGAUGAUGUAUUAGGUGGGCCUAAUGAAUGGGUGGAUGUUGCUCAGAUAGAUGCGGUAUGCCCGAAAUGUGGGGAGCUAAAAGCGUAUUAUAAACAAAUACAAAUUAGGUCAGCAGAUGAACCUAUGACAGUGUUUUAUAAAUGUGUGAGGUGUGCACAUAGGUGGAAUGAAAAUUAA